GUUAUUGAUUCGACAAACAGAUGGACAUCUUGUUGACCUGGGCCAUCAUCUCGGCCAUCAUUGCCCUCUCUGUCUACUUCUGGUUCAGCAAAAACACUGGCCGUCUUCCACCAUACCCCGUUAGACCACUGCCCAUAGUGGGUCACCUGUUUGCAUUGGUUUCUGAGCAGAGGUCAAAGUUCAAGAGGUGGCGAGUGGAAUGCGGAGACAUUUUCUGUCUUCAGUUGGGGUCAAAGGUCUUAGUGGUAUUGAACGGCUAUGACCUGAUCAAAGAGGCCUUAGUGCACAAAGCAGAAGACUUCACUGACAGACCUUACACCGUGCUGGACAAAAUGACGCGGCUCCCCCAAGCAGGGGUUAUAACCUCUACGGGAAAAACGUGGAAAGAGCAUCGCUCAGUCAGUCUUCAGAUUCUUCGCAAUUUCGGUUUCGGAAAAAACAUUCUUGCCGAAAGAAUACAAGAGGAAGUGUCCUUCUAUAUCAGUUCUUUAUCGGAAUGUCUCGGGAGGCCCACUGACAUCAAGUUGAUGACAACAAUAAGUACUUCUAACAUUAUCUGUUCUAUCAUGUUUGGUCAGAGAUUCGACUACACUGACCCGUCCCUCAUCAAGCUCACAUUUCUUGUGGACAGCAUCUUCCGAACUUUCCAAUUAAACGGUGUGGUCAAUUUCAUCCCAGUGCUGCAAUACCUGCCUGGGGACUUGUUUCACCUGAAGAAAUUUGAAGCGGAUGUACAAGAAAUGUUACGGCUCUUGAGUGUAUUUAUAGAAGAGUGUCGAGACGGAAACAAGGGGGACAAUCUGGUUACCGAGUAUCUACAAGAACUGAGCAGACGCAAGGAGAAUGGCGCCGAUACCACUAUGUGUGAGAAUGGUCUGAAGCGGCUUGUGUUCGAUUUUUUCAACGCUGGAACGGAAACUACUUCCACUACUAUCGACUGGUUUGUACUGUACAUGUUACAUCAUCCAGAUGUCCAGAAGAAAGUAUUCGAUGAAAUUAAUGAACAUGUUGGAACUGAGAGAGAACCAAACAUCCGAGACAAACAGAAUCUGACGUACUUGAACGCAGCUAUCAUGGAGACUCAGAGACUGGCCAGUAUCGCCCCUUAUUCUUUAGUCCGCACCUGUCCGAGGGAUGUAAAUAUUAGAGGCUACACUAUUCCAAAAGGCGCAUACAUCACUCCUUCUCUUGACUCAGUCUUACAUGAUGCGAAAAUCUGGGGAAAUGACGUCAUGAGCUUCAGACCGGAGAGGUUUAUUGAUCAAGAGGGAAAACUUCUAACGCCUGAACAGUUUGUUCCGUUCGCCCUGGGAAAACGCGAUUGUCUCGGGGAGAGCAUGGCCAAAACAGAACUCUUCCUAUAUUUGUCCAACAUGUUUCAGAAAUUUGAAUUUCGACCGACUGAACAGGGCAACCCGCCUCCACUAAGAUACCACCUUGGAGUUACAGCAGUGCCCUUGCCCUACGAUGUAACCAUUGUCUCUAGGCUUGACUGACUGCUUUUUAUUUUGUUUCUUCACUACGGCGAUCUCCGAAAUACGGACCACUAUCAUGGCCAUUCCUUAUGGCAGGCCUCAAUACUGAUCUGCAACGUCACAACCUGUGGGCAGUUUAGACUAAUAGUUCAUUGCAUCGUCACAACCUGUGGGCAGUUUAAAAUAAUAGCUCAUUGCAUCGUCACAACCUGUGGGCAGUUAAGACUAAUAGCUCGUUGCAACGUCACAACCUGUGGGCAGUUAAGACUAAGAGCUCGUUGCAUCGUCACAACCUGUGGGCAGUUAAGACUAAUAGCUCGUUGCAACGUCACAACCUGUGGGCAGUUCACACCAAUAGCUCGUUGCAACGUCACAACAUGUGGGCAGUUAAGACUAAUAGCUCGUUUCAACGUCACAACCUGUGGGCAGUUCAGACCAAUAGCUCCCAGCACCCAGUGUUACACCCUGGGCAGAACCUGCGACGCUGCUGACCCCAAACUGCAUCGGCAAUAGCCGUUCCUUUUGGAUACAUCAGCUGCGUGGAGAGGGGGGGGGGAAACUGAUGUUUGGGCGACAUCAUUCCGAUCAAAGCUAAUAUCAGGCAUUAAUCUCAUUUCCAUGAGAUGAUCCACAGUCGCUUCGCCACUAAAGGAGGACAUAAUAAUGACGUUAAAAAUACGUGAUUUUGGAACCUUGUUUAAAAGAAUCACUAGAAUCACUAGAUUAACAUCAAGAGUCACUAUUAGAAUCUUAAGGACUCUGAAAUUUAUUUUGGGCACCAGAAAACAACGAACCUAAAGUGUCUCCUCCUUUAACAAAUAAUUUCCUUUCCAUGUGCUUAUGUGGAGGAUAUACUUAAUCCCCAUUGUCUUAUAAUGUUUUGAAUAGGAUAGCUCUUAUAACAGCCCAAUUGGCUUCACGCGGUAGAACAAUAAGAAUUUAAUUUUACAUAACAAAUUUUGAUAGACAACUUUUAUUUAAAAAAUACAAAUCUAUAUUUUGUGAUAAAUGUAGAAAAAAAAAUUUGAACAAAUUUAUAAUUCCAAAAUGUUGUCAAAAUGACACGUAAUAAUAAUAUCAUUUUAAAUAAUGUUAUGUUCUAUUUAUGAUGGUAUA